ACUGUCGUUUGCUCUGCUGCCAAUGGCAGCUGAUUUUCACUGACAGUCGCUCGACAGCUCGGCACGGAGAUCGACACGCUGUUUUAAUCAUCAAGCACACACGCGCUCGGGAUGUGUAGUGAUGUAGUAUCGUGCGAAGUCUCAUUUAUUAAAGAAAAUUAUCUUAGAAUAACAUUUUGCAGUAUAGCGUUCGUGUUCGUGGCUAAUCAUGAAAAAACGGUGCUGCUCGUGCAAGUGCCUCUCCGGAUUUAGGGCCGUGUUCAGACCCCAUCAGCCUCCGGAGAUACCACGACCGCCUUCCACUGUCCCUGAUGGGGAAGAUUUCGGCGUUCCAGUAUUGACGAUUCACAAUGUGGAUCCUUGCAUCGAGGAGAACGGCGAGAAUCAUCGGACGUCCAGAUACGAGCUGAUGACCCGUCAGGAUGACAGAGCAAGACUUGUCGUCAGACGUGGUCAGGAAUUUUAUCUGCACCUCAAUCUAUCGCGGGAUUAUACUUCUUCCAUCGACGGUAUUUCUAUCGUCUUCACGCUGGACGGCGUCGAGAGGCCGCAACAUGGGCAUGGGACACUGGUGGCAACAGCUUUGCUCCAUCCUGGGGAGACUUCUGAUGCCGCCUGGCAGACCACCAUAGAUGCCAGAGGACCAAAUUUCUUGAGAAUAAAGGUUGUAACAUCCGCAAACGCGAUUAUAGGCAGAUGGAAAAUGGAUAUCGAUACCAAGAACAAGGAAUCCGAAGGUGCUGUCAGUUACACAAUGGAUCAUCCGUUUUACUUGAUCUGUAAUCCAUGGUGCAGAGACGACGUGGUGUAUCUGGAUGGCGAGGCUGAGCGUCAAGAGUAUGUGAUGGCGGAGGACGGUUUAAUCUGGCGCGGCAGUCACAACCGUAUGCGGCCCACCGUAUGGAAGUACGCGCAAUUCGAACGGGACAUCCUGGACUGCACCCUGCACCUGAUGAACUACGUCGGCAAAGUCCGCGUUUCCGGCAGGAACGAUCCAGUUAUCAUAACGCGCUGCCUGUCCGCCGCGGUGAAUUCUCCCGACGACAACGGGGCAGUGAUGGGAAAUUGGUCGGACGACUACGGGGGCGGUACACCACCUACGAGGUGGAUGGGCUCGCAGAAAAUACUCCAGCAGUAUUACAAGACGAAGAAACCGGUCAAGUACGGGCAGUGCUGGGUCUUCGCCGGCGUGCUGACGACCAUUUGUCGCACUCUGGGUAUACCAUGUCGAGUGGUGACCAACUACUCGAGCGCGCACGAUACGCAAAGCAGCCUGACCGUGGACUACUUCGUCAAUGCGGAAGGCAAGAUUAUGGAGGAGCUCAACAACGAUUCCAUAUGGAAUUUCCACGUUUGGAACGAGGUGUGGAUGAAGCGAUUGGAUCUAUCGCCGGAUUGUUCGGGAUGGCAGGUCAUCGACGCGACUCCUCAGGAACUGAGCGAGGGCGCGUAUCGUUGCGGACCGGCAUCGGUGGCCGCCAUAAAGAAAGGGGAAGUCCUGCGUCCCUACGACAAUGCGUUCGUCUUCGCCGAGGUGAAUGCCGACAAAGUCUACUGGCGUUACAACGGACCGACGCAGCCGUUAAAGUUAAUUCGCAAGGAUAUGUACGGCAUUGGCCAGUUAAUCAGCACAAAAGCGGUUGGCAGAUGGGCAAGAGAAGACAUCACGCACACUUACAAGUAUCCAGAGAAAUCCGAUGAAGAACGUGCGGCUAUGCUGAAAGCGUUGCGCCAGAGUGAAUCUUUAUUUAGCCGUUAUUAUCUCAAUGAGGAGUUCAACGACGUCAUGUUCACUUUCGAAUUGCGCGAUGACAUCAUAAUUGGGCAGCCAUUCAGCGUCGUAUUACUGAUAAAAAAUCGGAAUUCGACGAUGGAAUAUCGCGUCUCUGUAAUUCUGAGAGUGGAAACUGUGCUGUACACCGGCCGGGUAGGCGAUCCGGUGAAAAGAUUGCACAUCGAUAGACUGGUUCGACCAGGGAUGCUCGAGGAGAUUCGCAUGGAUGUUUCCUGGGAGGAGUACGGUCCAAGAUUGUUGGAUCAAUGCGCUUUCAAUAUCGCCUGCCUCGCCACCGUGAAGGACACGAACUUCGAGUACUUCGCGCAGGAUGACUUUCGCGUUAGGAAACCUGACAUUAAAAUCACGUUGCAUAACGAAGCGGUGGUCGAUCAGACUCUUCACGCUACGGCUAAGUUUCGCAAUCCGCUGCCGGUUCCGUUGAGGAAGGGUAGAUUCCUUAUCGAGGGGCCUGGUCUGGACGAACAGUUGAAGCUGAAGCUAUCGGAACCAGUCGAAGUAGAUGCGGACGCAGAAUGUAGCUUCUCCAUGAUGCCAAAGUUAGAAGGACGUGCCAGAAUAGCGGCGAAAUUUUAUUCGAGGGAAUUAGAGGACGUCGAUGGACAUUCCUACAGUUUUAUAGUCAAAUCAAUCAAGAUCAAUAAUACGGAGUAAUUGCGAUUAUAUUUUAUGAUAAUUUAGCACAUAUAUGUCACGUGUCGUUCUUAUAUUUUUAUUUUUAAUUUAUAAAUUUAUCAUAUAUAUAUAAGUUUAGAUUUGUAUUUUUAGUAGUAGUACAAUAAUAAUUUUUCGCAGCGGGAACAAUUAGUUGCUGCAAAGUUGUAAUCUUAAUUAUGCAAUUGAUCGAUGCCAAAAAUGGAAUGUAAUAGUUUAGACGUUAUAAAAUUAAUUCUUAAAAAUAAAUUAAUUUUAUCAUUUCUUGAAGGAAAAAAAGAAAAAAAGCGUAAAAAUGUAUAUGUUAAAAAAGUAAAUUCUAUUUACUUUGUCAAAAAUUUCAUUUUAAAUCAUAGAAAUAGUAGAUACUAGCAUAUCAUAGAUAUAUAGUUAUAUUAAACUGUAAGAAGCAAGAACAUAUUCAUUUAUUUAUUGUAACGCAAAUGCAAAAAAUCGAUGCUCUAAGUAAGCGUACAGAUAAUAUGUAUUAUAGAUAUGUGUCCGUGUCUUUUUUUCUAUUUAUCUUUCAUAAUAGUUGUUACUUAUUAUCUAUGUGUUCAUAGAAUAUAUUCACGUCUUUAUAGAC